GAGAAACCUCCAGCAAGUCCAUUCACUCUUCUUGUAGCCUGCAGUGUGACAGAGGUGUUUGCAUUGCACAGGUGCGGUCGCAACUUGGACUUAUUUCGACCUGGGUUGGGAUUGUGACACCACCGAACGAUCGCAGAAGAUGUUCUUCUAUCUGCUCGCUGUUGUGGCUCUAAUGCUGAGCACACACUCUGCGGUGUCUGGCACCGCCAACGACAAAGGGCUGAGUACCGUCGGCCAACACUCCAAGGACAGAUCCUGGAACAGAUAUAGAGAUGAUGACUACUUCAAAAGCUGGGCCCCUGCCAGGUCUCUCGACCAAGAGCGCGAUACUAAGCCUGGAAGAUAUGGGCACUCAGGGACCAAAACCCACAUUGGUUCCGGCAAGAAGAUUUUACAGGAUGGUUCUGACACCACUAAGGACCCAUGUCUGAAAGUGCGCUGCCCUCCUCAUAAGGUGUGCGUCAGCCAUGACUACCAAACAGCCAUAUGCACCAAUCACAAGCAGCCAACUCACAGUGUGAAAGCCCGGAAAGGCAGCGUGGGCCACAAGCACAGGCUUGAAGCAAGCACUCACGAGAACUGCAAAGUGUGCUCGUCACUCCGUUCAAAUCCCGUGUGUGGCUCCGAUGGACACACCUACUCAUCGAAGUGUAAACUGGAGUUCCAGAGCUGCCUUGCCGGAAAGAUGAUCUCAGUGAAAUGUGAUGGGCAGUGUCCGUGUUUGCCUGGACAAGUACUUAGCAAAACACCAUUGAAAACUGACAAGACUGUGUGCACUGACACACAGCUCCACACUCUGGCUGCCAGACUCAAGGACUGGUUUGGAGUUCUCCACCUCGAUGCCAACAGAGACCUCAAAUCCACUGACAGCUCAGAGUCAGCCGCCGCACACUUUGACACGAGCAUCUUACCCAUCUGCAAAGACUCUCUGGGAUGGAUGUUCAACAAACUAGACAUGAACUUUGACCUCCUGCUGGACGAUUCCGAACUGAGCGCCAUCUACAUGGACAAGUACGAGCUGUGCAUGAAGCCCCUCUUUAACUCAUGUGACUCCUUCAAGGACGGCAAGCUGUCCAACAACGAGUGGUGCUACUGCUUCCAGAAGCCCGAGGGUUCGCCUUGCCAAGCUGAGAAGAGCAGGAUCCAGAAUCCAAGUCGAAGAAAGAGCCUGAUAGGUUCCUAUAUUCCGCGUUGCACUGAGGAGGGCUACUUUAAACCGACCCAGUGUCGUGGCAGCACCGGACAGUGUUGGUGCGUGGACAAGUAUGGUAAUGAGAUCGCCGGCUCCAGAAAGCAAGGCAAUCCAAACUGCGAUGAGGACCAGGAGACAUCGGGAGAUUUUGGCAGCGGUGGUGCAGUCAUCCUCCUCGAUGACCAAGAGGAAGAAGCCACGCAGGCUCGACAGAAGAAGAGACGGGGUCGGAUCCACCCCCGGGAAAUCACAGAAGACGACGACGACGAGGAAGAUGACAAGGAUGACGAGAUGGGCUACGUUUGGUAGCUCCGCCCCCCCCCCCCCCCCCCCCCUUCGGUUCUGACACUGUCGUCGGCCAACCGGGAAAAGUCCAGCACAGAUUUGAAGCCAUUCCAGCGUCUCUUCCAGCGGCCGUGGCAGUAGUCCAUCUUUUAGCUGAACUCGCUCCUGUAAACUUCGUUCCUCAUCCGACUCUCUCUCGCCGGCAGACCUCAUUCUUUCUUUUCUAAUGUCUCUCUCAAGACAGAGCGGAAACGGAAAGCCAGUUCCAUUUUAGCAGUCCCUCAAUGCAGAUCAAGCUCAAGCCUCAUUCUUUUCUGCUCCGUCCCGCAAACAUGCAAUUAUUAACAUGUUUAAACGUUUGUCUUAUCACAAUGGCCUCGCUCUGUUUGCCCCUAAUACAAAAGCCAAUAACUUGGAUGUAAAUAUGGAGAGAGCAGUCCCCGCUGUACAUUCUUACAAUAUUCUUCCAUACUGUCCAUGUUCAUUGAUAUUCCUGCAAAUCCACACGUUCCGAGACGGCUCCCUCUUACUCUCUCCCUCUUUUAUUUCUCGGAAGAUUAUAAAUGAUUCAACUGUUGAUCUUGAAUGUCCCAGAAAGACCAGGUAGCAAUGAGAUUUAAUGUGUCGUCGUUGUUGUUGCAUGUUUCUCAUCGUGUUCCUGUAAAAGAGAGAUUUACCUGGCUUGGCUCAAAACAGAACGUGACGCCUAUUUGGCUGCUACAAUACUAUGUUGCUAUGUUGAUGCUGUCUAGUGUCCUUUAUUUUUUGUUCUUCUCCCAAUCUCAGGAGGUAGGAAGUUGCAUUGCAGAGCGAUAACAGUGGACGUAAGCAAAGUGUCAUGACAGCAAUUUGUUAUUUUGCCAGUAGGUGAGCUAGGGCUGCUGAAACUGUGCAUAGACACUGAGAAAGGUGCUGCCCCUGAGUUGGGAGGAAGUCGUGGGAGCAGAGAAGAGGCUGUGUUCUGCCUCCCAACGCCAUGUCGACCAAGUGAACGUUUGUUUGUUAGUUUGACAAUUUAAGUAAAGUUGCACUUUGGGUGUCUUUUGAACAUUA